AUGACAGUCAGUGCAACUGGUCAAGUCGUUCCACCGGUUUUUAUAUUUCCUAGAGCUCGAUUAAGUGAUAAUUUAAUGGUGGGUGCUCCAAUAGGCAGUUUAGGUUUGGUAAAUUCACCUACUAGUGCUUGGAUCAAUUCAAAUUUAUUUGUUAAAGUCUUGGAACACAUCAAAAAAACUACAAGAUGUACAAUCGAUGAUAAAAUAAUUCUUCUAAUGGAUAACCACGAAUCUCACUGUUCUUUCAAAGUUGUCAAAUAUGCAAAGGAUAAUGGGAUUGUUCUUGUUACCUUCCCACCACACACCACACAUCGUCUGCAACCGUUGGAUGUUGGUGUAUUAGGACCAUUUAAAUCUAAAGUGAAAAUUGCUCAAAAUGACUGGAUGACCAAUAAUCCUGGUAAAACAUUAAAAAUUCAUGACUUACCAAAUCUGGUAAAAGAACCAUUUCAGCUUUCUUUUAAUUUACGUAAUAUAACAUCAGCUUUUUCUAAAACUGGAUUAUGGCCAUUUUCCAGACUAGUGUUUCCAGACGAUGAUUUUACUCCGUCUUAUGUAACUGAUCGUCCAGAACCAGAAGAAAAUAAUCAACAGCAUUUAGAAUUAAAUAUUUCAAAUGAAGAAUGCUUACCAUCUACUUCAGCACAAAUAACUAUUCCUGGAACUAAAAUUACAUCACCAAGUACAUUGGAAAAUAAUACUCAACUUAUUUCUCCUGAAGAUGUUCGUACAUAUCCAAAAGCUGGACCUCGUUUAGAAAAAAAGAGAGGCCGCAAAAAAGGCAAAGCACGCAUUUUAACAGAAACACCAGAAAAAAAUUUAAUAGAAAAAGAAACUGAAGAACGCCAGAAAAAAAAGCAACCAAACAAAACAGUAAAAAAAAAGACUUCAUCAAAUCCUCCUAAAAAAGCUACCACAAAAAGAGCUUUAUUUGACCUGUGCUCUAGUAGUGAUGAAAGUAACGAAUAUUUAAAAUUACAAACAAGUGAUGAAGAAAUGUCUGGAGACAUUACAUUUGGAGAUUUUGUUCUUGUAAAAUAUAGUGGACCUAAGUCAGUUAAGUAUUUUGUUGGAUGUGUUGAUGAUGUUGACCAAAAUCAUUAUGAAAUUUCUUUUUUGAAAAGAACUCUGGGUGAUACAUUUAUAUAUCCUGAUAUACAAGAUACAGACAAUGUAGCAAAAGCAGAUAUUGAGAUGGUGUUACCUAAACCAACAGCAACUGGUAACACUGAAAGAAGUUGUUCGGUUUUAACUUUUCCUAAAAUAUUAUUUGGAAAGUAUAAUAUGGGUUAA